UUGUUCUGUUUGCAUAUUCCAGAACCACAAGUAUUCUUGUUUUCAGUUUGAGUUUGUUCAUGAAUUUAUUUUUUCAUUUUUGAUUGUUUCCUUAACUCUGUACUUUUUUAUCUCUUUGUUGGGGUUUCUCUCCUUUGACUGUCUUUCAAGUUUAAACUAAAUCACCUGUUCAAAAUUGAUUUUUGAGUCUGUUGAAUACUGGGUAGUUACAGAGUCUACACGUUACUUGUAGUGCUUUCCCAUUGCUCUCUAGGUGUUCGUGAACUAAAAUACCAAGUCAAACUGUAGUUUCUGUUGGUGUUUUUGCUAACUUAAGGAUUCAACUCACAAAAAUGUUCCCUUUUUAUGAUACCCGUGUGUCAUUUCCUUUUUGCCUUGGACUAUGUUAAUGAUAGGUUUCUUCCUGGUGUUCCUUCUAAACCAUUUCUUGCUGUUUGUCAUUGGAGUGUGUUUGUGCUACCAUUCUCUCAAACUUCACUGGUCAUGGUUACUCUAAAGGCUCAUGGUUUUAAUAAGAACUACUCCUAAAAAAACCUACUUCUUUUCAAUGUGGAGCUUUUGUUCCAACUCACAUUUUCAUUUUCAUUAGGAUGGAAAUUGUUCUGAAGCUUAAACUGUUCCUUUAUAAUUGCAAAAGAGUUUGGUUUGUUAUCACAAAACUUAGUGUCAAGUACAUUAUUUUGGGUGCUCACUCAACAUUGAAGAUGUUCUUACCUAUUUUCCACAACUUCAAUAGCUCAAGUCAGCUCAACAAGUUCAAUUUUAAUCAUUUGAGUUAGUACUACAAGUAUUCCUUUUGCUUAUGAGUCUGUUGAAUAGAAGUAGAACAAAGAGGGUAAAAGCUUAUUCACAUUACCAAUCAUUGUUACCUUCUAGUCUGCGCUUCAACCGUUUGAGCUUAAUGUUAAAGUGACUCGAAGAUUUAACAAUGCUUAAUUGGUUUUGGGAAUUGCCAAUGACCUUUAAGUCAAAUGGCAUUUCCUGGUGUUUCAAACUGAGCAAUUAAGUGUUCCAACCCCCUUCCCCACUUACAAUGUAUCAAAAAUUGGUUUUGGGAACUACUUCUGACAAAUGGUGCUGUUAUGAGCAAAACCUCAAGAGCAAUCCAAUUCGUUUUGAUUUGUUUGUUACUCAGUUAGUGCCCCUUGUCUCAGUCAUUUGUUAAUGGGUUAGAGUUCACCUGUUAUAUCAAAAAGAAAGUCCUAUCUUCUUGUCUAGUCCAUCUAGACUUAUGCCACGGAUUCCAUCCCGUAUUUCUUCCUGCAUUAAGAGAAGUCCAUAUAGACUUAUCCCACGGAUUCCAUCCCAUGUUUCUUCCCGCAUAAAGAGAAUUAUAGUAGUACCUAUCAUCCUAGGUUACAUUGGGAGAAGUGGCAACCUGGGUUUACAUUUUUAAGUAUGGAUGGGAAACUAUUGUUUUUUGAAAGGAAAUGAAGCAAUGAACUAACGAUCUAAAUCCGGCACAUGCUAGAAAAAGGUACUUGCAAACCUGACAAAUCAUUAGUUGCAGGCACUCCUCUUUGGCGCAAUGGUCCUCCUGAUAAGCCAGUCUUGUGCAAUGCAUGUGGGUCUCGGUGGAGGACAAAGGGAACACUCGCAAAUUAUACCCCUCUACAUGCACGGGCGGAACCUGAUGAUUAUGAGGAUCACAGGUAUUCCAGGGUGAAAAGUAUAUCAGUAAAUAAGAACAAAGAAGUGAAACUGCUCAAAAGAAAGCAAAAUAGUGAUAAUAUGAUGGUUGGAGGGGGUGCCCCCGAUUACAACCAGGGUUUUCGUAAGGUGAUAGAUGAAGAUACAAGUAAUAGAUCAAGUUCUGGCUCGGCCAUUUCUAACUCGGAGAGCUGUGCACAAUUUGGCAGUGCAGAUGCAAGUGAUUUGACAGGUCCAGCUCAGUCAAUGGUGUGGGACUCAAUGGUGCCUUCUAGAAAGAGGACCUGUGUGAGUCGUCCAAAGCAAUCUCCAGUUGAGAAGCUUACAAAAGAUCUUUUUACAAUUUUACAUGAACAACAGUCUUCAUAUUUCUCUGCAUCUUCUGAAGAUGAUCUGCUUUUUGAGAGUGAAACACCAAUGGUCUCUGUUGAGAUAGGACAUGGAAGUGUUCUCAUUAGGCAUCCCAGCUCAAUAGCUCGAGAAGAGGAAUCUGAAGCUAGCUCACUUUCGGUUGAGAACAAACAAUUUCCAUCUAAUGAGGCUUAUUCCCACUAUUCAAUCACUUCUGUACAUAAUGGCAGCAAAGGUGUCAAUUUCCCAAGUCCUGGGGUUGAAAAAAUUAAGAAUCAUGCUGGACAAGGGAUGCAACCAGAGCAUCUUAAAAGGGACAAGUCUCAGAAUGAAAACCUACAAAUCCUGGCCAGCCGUAAUUCACCACUGUGUAAUAUAGAUUUGAAUGAUGUUCUAAACUUUGAGGAGUUAAUGAGAAACUUGACAAAUGAAGAGCAACAGCAAUUGCUGAAGUAUUUAUCUCCAGUUGACACUCUUAAAGUUCCUGAUAGCCUCAAAAGCACUUUUGAUAGCCCUCAAUUCAAGGAGAACUUAAUUUACUUUCAGCAAUUGCUUGUGGAAGGGGUAUUUGACAACUCCUUCUCAGGAGCAAAAUCUGAAGACUGCAAGAAUUUGAAAAGGCUUGCAAUAUGCAAUUCAUCGAAGUGCAAAUGGGUUGAAAGCUAUCAUCUACUUAAGCUGCAGAAAUAUAAAAAUAGUUCUGGAGGAUCCGUUUUAGGACCCAAUGCAACUGCCUCAAGUAAUUUCAUAAAUGUCAAGAGAUUUCAUGACAGCCAAAGCCAAAAUCUUCCAGAAGUGAAGACUGCAAUGAAGUGCCCAAAAAGGAUGAUUGUGAAGGCUAGCUAUGAGAACAAGGAACUUAUAGACAAUGAUAGUUCUUGCUUUAGUCCAAGAAGCCUAUUUGCUUUGCCAACUGAAGGUAGCUCCCUCAUGUUGGAUUCUUUCAAUUUUGUAGAAGAAAAUUCUGAUCAGGACCUGCUGCUGGAUGUGCCAUCCAAUGGCUCUUUCCCACAGGCAGAGCUCCUUCACCCAUCUUUAAGUUUUGAUGGCCAACAGGCAAGCACUAGUAGUAGUUCAAUAUACCCACAUCUUGUCCGCCGCUGACAAUGUAAACGGUUUCUAAUCACUAGGGCUAUAUUGUAGGUAUGCCUUUGAAACCUGUGACUUGGAUUCACAUAUUUUGAAUGGUAAACGGGAAGUCUGUGAAUGAGGUUUGCUGGUUGCUCCUUAUUUCUUUUAUCCUUUUUGAACUCGGAAUAGUAAGGGUUGAAUUUUGUGGGCUUUUUGUAUAGGUUACAACAGAUUGUAAUAUAUAGCUCAUAAUACGGAACUGGUAAUUCCAGAGUUUUGUAUGCAAUUUUUAGUUUUUGUCUUGCAUAGUAACUUAAAGAUACCUAUUGUAGGGUUGCUUUA